AUGGAUAACGUUGAAGUUAAUGAACCGUGGAACUUCACUAACGAGUCAAUUUAUGAAGAUUUGCCGAACAUGGACGCGGUCUCGGGAAGCCUACAGACUUUCAUAAUUAUUAUGUACAGUCUGACAGCCUUGCUGAGCUUCGUUGGAAACGUGUCUGUCAUCGUGGUGUUGGCGUGUGGAAGACGGUCGUCGGUGCGGGUGUACCUGAUCAACUUAGCCGUGUCAGACAUCACCAUGGCCGUGUUCUGCAUCCCCUUCACAUACACUAGAUACAACGCCCUCGUUCACCCCCUGAACGCGCGCUGGACCAAGAGUCGCGUGCUGCCCACGCUGUGCGGGCUGUGGGCGCUGUCUCUGGGCGGGUCCUCCGUGCAGCUCUUCGUCACCAGCGCCCAGAAGACGCAGUGGGGCGAACAUCACUUCUACCAGUGUGAAGAGCGCUGGCCAGUCACACCACAUGAGCUCUACAAAAAACUCUACACCGUGGCCGUGCUGAUCUUCACCUUCGUCUUCCCCCUGACAUGCUUGGCCCACAGCUACGUCAGCAUCGUCAGCAUGAUGUGUCGGCAUAAGCUGCCCGGAAAUGCUGAUGCUUCUCGAGAUAGGCAAAGGAAUCUUUCCAAGGCAAAGGCAAUAAACAUGAUGCUGGCUGUGGUAAUAUGCUUCACAAUAUGUUGGAUGCCCAUGCACAUCCUGAUGUUGUUAAUAACAUUCUGCAAGGAAGUCUCGCGAUGUUACAGCAACUCUGAAUGUUUCCCGUACUACAUGAGCGUCUUUGUGUGCCACUGGAUUGCUAUGUCCAACUCAUUCAUGAAUCCAUUCAUCUACUGCUUCAUGAGCAACAACUUCCGGGAAGAUCUUCUGCAGUUCACCCGCCGCUGCAGGGGGCGACGUCGUUCACAGGCCUCCCUCAGGGGCAGCGACCCUGGGUCAUCAGGCAGGACCGCGCUAUACGUCACUCACAGGACCUCGAUCCGAGGCAAAGGCAAGACACUGACGCGGCACGGCUGCUGUACGCCUGAGACGCAGCACCACUACGGCUGCAUCCACGCCCACGAGAUGACGGCAAGGCAACAGAGCGGACCUCCAUUAGUGUUGAUACAAAUUGUCAACAGCAACAUCAACUUUAUGAUCAACAGCAGCAACGACAACUACAUGAUCAACAGCAGCAUAAACCGCUGCAAGGACAACUGCAUGACCAACAGCAGCAAAGACAACUGCAUGAUCAACAGGAGCAACAACAGCAACAUAUGCUAA